AUGUUUCUUGGGCAAUCACUAGUACAGGUAGCUUCCCUAGUUAUCUUUUUGUCCACGGUGCUUCCACCUACUGAAAAAGACCCACCUGGUGUGUUUGAUAGACCACUAGAAGAUUGGUAUGACUACAUAGUAGUGGGAGCCGGGUCGGCAGGAGGAAUCGUUGCUACACGUUUGUCUGAAGGAUAUGAAAAAGUUCUACUAUUAGAGGCUGGUGGGUCAGACUUAGAGAACGACGAAACAAAGAUACCAUUAUUAUGGAGUGCUCUGUCGAAUAGCAAUCUAGACUGGAAAUUCAAAACGAUACCGCAGACACAUUCUCACUUCGCAAAUAAAGAUAAGGUAAGCAUCUGGCCUCGAGGAAAAUGUUUAGGCGGAACAGGAAAAAUAAAUGCAAUGGCUCUUAUCCGCGGAAAUCCCAAAGAUUUUGACACAUGGACGAAAGAGGGCGCUGUCGGAUGGAGCUACAGCGAUGUAUUACCUUUCUUUAAAAAGAUUGAACAUAUUGCUUUCAAUCUAUCAACGUACAAUGAAGAUCUACGUGGACGGAAUGGACCAUUGACAAUUGUCGAGUCCAGAAUGACAAUGUUGGAAUAUUUUCAUGAACAGGCUGCUCAAGAGCUCGGAUUCAAUAGAAUAGACUGCAAUAGUGAAUCUCAACUAGGUUUCUGUAGAAUUCAAGUUAAUAUUAAGAAAGGAGAAAGGUGUGACACAGCAUCCUGCUACCUAAGACCAGCUCUAGAGAGGACAAAUUUGCAAGUUCAUUUAAACAGCCAUGUGUCAAAGAUACUAUUCGAUGGAAAAGUUGCUCAAGGAGUAGAAUUUUCUAAAGAUGACAUAUUGAAUAAAGUAUAUGCAAGAAAGGAAAUCAUUCUGUCAGCAGGAGUUGUUGGUUCACCAAAAAUACUGUUAUUAUCAGGAGUUGGACCUAACCACCACAUGAAUGACAUUGGGGUUCCAGUUGUUGCAGAUCUGCCUGUCGGUGAAAAUGUUCAAGACCAGAUGGCAAUGCACUUUCAGGUUGCAAUUAACAUGAGCUUGGCUACAACUUCUCAGAAGAUAAUGGACACAGAAAACAUUCUACAAUAUUUGUUCUUCAGAGAAGGUAUAUAUGCUCAGAUUGGAGUAGAUGGGAUGGUUUUUGUCAAUUUAGAUCAGAAUAAUGAAGAACCUCCUGAUAUCCAGUUGAUAUUUCUCGGCUUGUCUUACGACAAAGGUUUUCUAGACAGUUUUUACUACAAAGAAGAAGUAAAAGAAGAGCUUGCUAAACGAACAGAUCCUAAUAGUUUUGUGGUUAUUAUGAACUUGCUGCAUGCAAAAAGUAGAGGAACAAUUACAUUGUCAACAACUAGUUCGUCAGACAAGCCUGUUAUUGAUCCAAUGUAUCUUUCUGAUUCAGAUGAUGUUGAGACAUUUGUCAAAGGAAUUCGAUUUUUGCAAAAACUCCAAGAAACUAAGUCAUGGAAGAGCAUAGGAGCCACGUUAAUUAGACACGACACACCAGGUCAUUGCAGUGAAGAAGAAUAUGAUGAGGAUGAUUAUUGGAGAUGUAUGGUUCGCCAUUUUGCCAAUCAAGCAAACCAUCAAACAAGCUCCUGUAGAAUGGGAUCAGACGAUGAUACAACUGCUGUUGUAGACCCUCAACUCAGGGUUAAAGGUAUAAAGAAUCUGAGAGUAGCCGAUGCAUCAGUAAUGAGAAAUAACCCUUCGGGCAACACCAAUGGUCCGACAAUGAUGAUAGCCGAAAGGGCUGCUGAUUUUAUCAAAAAUAGCAAGUGA